ACUUCCUCAGUCCACAAAGCUGUAAUAUUUGAUAUGUUUGGAGUGUUGAUUCCUUCACCCCUCCCUAAAGCUAAAGAAUGGGAAGUUAAAAAUGGUGUUCCAUCUGGCACAAUAAGUAAAGCUAUUCAAACAGGGGGUGAUGGUAACUCUUGGAAAAAGUACAUGAGAGGCGAAAUAGGGCCAGUGGAAUUCAUGAAAGCCUUUAGUCAAGAUUGCAGUCAAAUUUCAGGUUUCAAAGUUCAUAUUGGUUCCUUCCAUUUGGCUUUGAGCAGUGAUUCACAGCCUGUUAGAGUUAUGAUGGAGGCUGUAAAGUGUGCGCGUGCUGAAGGUUACAAAACAGCUGUUCUUACCAACAACUUUCUUUUGGAUGGGGGGAAAUCUUUUCUUCCUCUGGACUCCUCUCUUUUUGAUGUGAUAGUGGAGUCUUGUAAGGUGGGCUUGAGUAAACCAGAUCUCAGGAUCUUCCAGCUGUGUGCUGAAAGACUGGAAGUCUCACCUCAGGAGGCAGUUUUUCUGGAUGACUUGAGUUUUAAUGUGGAGGCUGCAGUUAAAGCAGGCAUGCAUGGCAUCUUGGUCAAAGACCCUGCAUUCGCUGUAAAGGAGCUUGAACAGGUGCUGAAGGUAUCAUUAUCUGAAACUUUUCCUGAAACUAUUUCUGUCAGACUGAGUUCGCAGCUCCCUAUGAACCAGCUUACCCAAUAUCUCAACAAAGCUAUUCAACUUCCAUAUACAGAGAACAUUACAAUGCAUUACAACCACUGCCACUUACAAGAAUCCACAUACCUCCUGAGCUGUGGAGAGCAACGUUUCAUCCUGAAGAAAAUAAUAAAUAAUGCAGCACUGACAAAGGAGUGCAGGCUUCUCAAGGCUCUUAAAGAAGCAGGAGUGCCUGUACCAGAUGUCAAAGCCCAGUCUGAAAUGCCUAGUGUCCUCAACAGCCCAUUUUAUGUGACAUCUUAUUGUGAUGGUCGGGUGUUUGACCCCAUGCUUUCAGGUGUAAUUCCUGAUAAAAAAAGAUGUGUAUAUGAGACCAUGAUAAAAACUCUUUGCCAAAUACACAGUGUUGAUCUAAAAACCACAGGUCUAGAGGACCUCAUAAAGUCAGGUGACUUCAUGGAAUCUGAAGUAAAGAAAUUGGCAAAGCAGUUGAAGGCUUUAGAAGUUCAGCCCCUUCCAGUCAUGGACCGACUAAUAGAGUGGCUCCUCUUACAUCUUCCUAAACAGCAGAGAAUGACAUUUCUACAUGGAAACUUUAGCCUUAACAAGCUGGUUUUUGACUCGGAAACCCUUGACGUGAAGGCAGUUUUGGGCUGGAGUUGUUCCACUGUUGGAGAUCCCCUUGUGGAUGUUGCCUCCUGUUGUAUCCCCUUCUACUGGACUCCUUCUUCUGAACAACAAGGGAACAAACUUGACCUGAUGGGCAUUCCCAACACACAGGAAAUAUUUGAGUUGUACAGCAAGACCAUGGGAUUGGAGAAUAUCCCGAACUGGCAGUUCUACAUGGCCUUCUGCUUAUUCCAACAGGCUGCUAUGUUACAGACAAAUCAUACAACUUUUCUCAAAGGUAUUGCAAGCAAAAGUCACAUAGAACACCUGCUGAAACAGGCAUGGGACUUUGCCACUAUGGAGGGCUUUCGUAUCUUCAAUGCUUUGCCCAAAGCAGCAAGUACCUAAGAUAUGAACUACAUUCAAUAUAUUCACAUUUAACAUGACACUUAAUUCUAUAAAAACAGUUUAAGAAAAUGUAUUGCGCAUCUGUCGGGUAAAAGGAAUUUUGUGUAGCGAUCAUUAUAGUUACAUGAGGUAGAAUUUUGACUAUGCUGAUUACAUGGUAAACUUCAAAAGCACUUUGUGUUUUUGCAACCAUAGUAUCAAAAGAUACUAAUAAUUUAACAAGAAAGUCUGUCAUGUUUUUAUUUGUGAGAAAAGAUUGAGGAAAAAUUAUGGACUCUUGGGUGUUUAAAAUGUGACUGACAUUUUUUUUUCUGUUACAGUAUGUCCACUUCCAGAUUUUUAAAGAAAACCUUAUCUGAUUUUUUUUAAUGUAGACAUGAGUUUCCUCAUAGUUCUUGUGUUUUAUUUACUAUUUAGGUUAAAAAAGGUUU